UCCCAUGAUGCUCCGGUCAGGUCUUUGUUGAAGUGUUUCCUGGGUUGUGGCUGGUGCUGGGGGCUUCCUUCCCUGGCACAUGUACCAUCCCUGCCUGAAACUGGGCACUCCUGGGGGGCACUGACCCUGGAACCCCCUGCAUCCCCAGCAAAUCGCCUCACCCAGCCAUCCGCAGCCGAUAUCUGCAGAACCUACCAUUGCUGUGACAGGAUUCCAGCCUGCAUCCAGUUACAAUGGCUGCAUCAUUUCACAGACAUGUCCAAGAUGACUCGUCAGACUCGGACAUCGCUUGGACGCACACAACAAAUAUGGACCUUGCCAGUGAUAUAAAGGAAGAACCGAUGUGGCACAUGUACACAGCCAGCAGCAAUUACAUAGGAAAUUACAGUUCAGAUGAAGAAGCCAUGGUGAAGACUCUGUUUGAAGACAUUCCUCAAGUCAGUUCUCAGGGGUCGAUGCUACAUAACCUUGGGCAUGUAGAUAGCAUACACAGCAGCAAGCUGCACCGACCACGUGAGAGGCAGCGAGAUUCUGCAAGAAUUUCCCCAGAGAAGUCCAUAGCAAGGGAAAGAAGCACCGUCGACUCAGCCGGCAAUAUUACAUUGAUGACCGAGACUGUGUAUAAAUGCAAUAAAUGCGAUAAAACAUUUUUCACUCGAUCUGGUUACCGGAAACACCAGAGGAACCACACGGAAGAGAACAGCUAUGUGUGCAACAUCUGUGGUGAAAUGUUCAUGGACUGGCCAAGUUUCAAUAUGCAUAAGGACAGCCACACAGGGGGCAGACCCUGGGCCUGCCCCACCUGUGACAAACGUUUCAGGCUCCAGUCCCACCUAACACGGCACGAGAGAACCCACACAGGAGAGAGACCCUUCAUUUGCAAUGCUUGUGGCAAAUGUUUUGGUCAGAGUUCUAACCUUGCCGCCCACAUGAGAAGCCACACAGGAGACAAACCCUCCUGUCGGACUCCCCUCCCGGCUAUGAAAUAUCUCUGGAUUGAUGAUCUAAAGCUUGCACAGUUUGGUGCCAUAGGAUGAAGAGUUAUCCAGAGGCUUAGUUAAUGGCAACUUUUUAUUUGAAGAAGAAGAGUCUCUCUGACAUAAUGUGAUGUCACAGCCUUUUGUGGCGAGGUGAAGGCCGAACAUUUUCGGUGUACGGUUGUAGCAGUCAGUCAGGACUCCACAAAGUUGAUUAUCAGUCCCUGAUCUAGGUAGAAGUUUGUUUGCGCUGAUUUGAAUACAGCUUAGUGAAUCUGUACCUUGUUUUUGCCAGUAAACUACCCCCAUUUUACUAGCAAGCACUGUGUCUCCUGCAUCGGUUGAUUUUUUACGUUCUCUAAUUAAUUAACUAAAAACUUACCUCCUUGGUGAAUAUGGCUGUGGGUUAUUAGAAUUUUGUAGACGCCUGUCUACAGAUUCCGAAUGCUUCUUUGUUAGAUUGCAAUGAAAAUAAAUGUUUUAUUUCUGUUA